UAUUUUUCUUUAUUGGUUUUCGAUAAGACAAUGGUAUUGUUAUAGCAGGAGUGAUACUUGAUUAAUUACUUUUUACAUUGAAAUAGGUCGUCAGUAAUGGGUUGUAAAAGAUAAUUGAGUUUCUGUAAUGACUCCAAUAACGUUUUCGGGAUCAAGAAAUGGAGAGACAGCAAUGUAAUUCACUUCAAAACUUUGAUGAUCCUAAAACUGAAAUUUUGAAAAAAAGACUAUUAAAAUCUACGAGCGCCCCCGUCACAACCAAUUUAUCGCAAAAUAGUUCGCAACACAAUGUGCUAUUGAAUACAUUACGUGCACCAAUACCAAGCAGCAUGAUUGUGUCCUCUGUGCAAGCCCCUCAGAGCUCUAUGCCAAUUACUCAUAAUUUGGUCACCCAUUCCAUUGCCCCUAUGAAAAUCCAUACCAACAAUGCCCCAUAUCCACUCCAACUGUCCACUGUACAUGUCCCUGUGCAAAUACCAGGCUCCACAUCGAAUAUUAAUGUCCCUGUUCAGUUAUCAGGCCCUACAAAUACAGUACCGUUGCAAAUUACCCCUGUUAGUCUUCCUCUUCAAGUGUCAGGGGCGACCAGUGUGCCUGUACAAUUACCAGCUGGUGAAACUAUAAAUGUGCCUCUCCAAAUUCCUGCUGCGGCACAAAAUAUUCAGUUAACCACACCAACGCUACCUUCUAUGCCUCUUUUGCAAACCACCAACCAGCCGCUCCAUAACUCCAUUAUUCAUGUCCAUAUGGGCUCAAAUGCAAGGCCAAAUAGUAUAGAUGGGGCAUCUGAUUUAACAGUCUCCAGUUCGUCACAGCUACAGAUGGCUGACACAUCAGGGGUCCAAGUCAAAAUGACUAACCCCACAUCAGUUUCACAAGUCCAUGUCGGUGCUAAUCCAGUUGUUCAAAUCCCAAACACAAGUAACAACUCCAUACAACUUGCGCUACCAAACACCAACUCGGGCACUGUCCAGUUGAGGGGUGCUGCGAGGCCUGUCCCUCACAUGGUGUACAUCCAGACCCCAACGGGUUUGAAAGCUGUGACCAGUACUGAGGUUAUCAGCCAGGCCAGCACAAGUGGCAACCCACCUCAAAUUAUAGUAAGGAGACCUGUUACCAGUAACAACAAUAUCUUGAUAUCAAACGUUAGCAACAAACCUAAUAUUGCACCCAAGGUGCCCAACCAAAACAAGUCUUCUAUAUUAGCUCCUGUUAAUGCCACACAGCCUAUUGUCAUACAAAAACCAAAAUCAAAUGAUAAAAUGAUGGUGCCAGUAAGCAUUGCUCCUGGAAAUCAAAGCAAGCAAGCAAUUGCAUAUCUAAGUUCUGUAAAAAAGCCGAGUACCAAGUCAUUGAAUGAUAACCAAUCAAUUUUAAUAUCCAAUAACCAGUCAAAUGUCCCAUCAGGGAAUCAAAAACUCUUCCUAACUCCAAUGAAUAUGCCAAAAAUGCAGAAUACAAAAUUUAUUCUUCCUGUCACUUUGCCAGCCACUAUGGCAUCAAAAGGGCCCUUUAUAAAUCUCCAAAUUGCUAAUGGUCAGAUACAAAAUGAUCCUCAGGGGAAUAUUACUGUAAUGAGGGAUCCUACGCCCAUGGAAAAUACCGAAAUACCACCAUUACACCCGUUAGGCAAAACUGGUGGUAACAAUAAAGACAAGAACUCAGUAUCAGAAAACUCUAAAGGUGAGAAAGCAUACACUUUUUCAAUAUCUGGAUCACGAGCCGAACCGACAGGUGAACAAGGAGAGUAUACUUUGUCUAUACCAGAGACAAAUGCAUCAAUGAAUGAUGACAUUUUUACAGUCUCAAUCGCCGAUGAUGAAGGGGGACAGACUAGAGAAAAAUCAUUCACUUUGGCUAUCCCAGAGAAGGGAAAAAGUUUAUUAAACAAGAAUGUUUUAGAUAGAAAUGAUAUGGGCCCAGUUACCAUUGCAGCUCCUGCAAUAUUGAGAAGGUCCAAUUCAGAUAACAGUGACAGAAAAACUGCUAAUGCAAAUCUCAAAAGACGUAUCUCACUUUGUAACGAAAACUUAUCCAACAAGAAGAUUAAUUUGUCUAUGCCUCAACCAAAAAUUGAAAAAACAGAUGACAACCAUGAAUCUGACAAUAAUGAUGAUCACAGAGUUCCAUCUUUGUUUUGUGAUGAAAAAUUGGAUAAAGAUUUAGAAGCUAAAGUCAACUUAGGCGAUUCUGACGAAGAUUAUAAAGAGGUGAAAACUGAGCCUAAUACUGAGAGGGAUAUCCAAGCAAACAAUCAUGAUGAGCUAUAUUAUAAAAAAGACACAAUUGUUGAGAAAGAAAGUGAUUUUGGUGUCCAAAAUAAAUUGAAUACCACUAUGGAAGAGGAUCCUCCUGGUAUAAUUUGGAAUAAUGGAAUCGGUAUACUGCAGGGUAGUAAAAUACAAUUUCGCACAAAUGAAUUUGGUCUCAUUGAUAUAGUUGAUAGGGGUGACCAAGAGGAUGUAUUGGCUAAUUCAAAUGUCAAGUACCAUACACCAUUGAAGCAGCGUGUUGAAAGAAAUCCUAGGGACAAAAAACCUAACUCCCCUGAGGAUAUGUACCGUUGUGAUGGUUGUGGAUGUCACGGUAUGGCUGCAGAUUUCAUUAAUCCCAACUUCUGCAGUUCAGCGUGUCAAAGUGAUGUGCAGAAAAUUUUACAAAAGAAAAAGGAUAAAGAGAGAGCAGAAUUGAAUAAAAAGAGGAAUAAAAUGAAAAAAAUACUUAUGAAGAAGCAAUGGUGGGAUACUGAUACAUUGCAAGACAAGGAUGACAAAACAGCAUCGAAACAUUAUGACUCUGGUGAUAUACACAGCGAUGAUACUAUAAAAUUGAGCGAUGACAUGGAGAAUGAGAAGUAUCCUUGGAUGUGUGGCAAGAAUGGGUUCUCGUGGAUGCGGUACCUUGAUAUCUGUAAAGCGAAGGCAGCCCCCGUAAAGUUGUUUAAAGAUCCAUUCCCGUAUCAAACGCGGAAUGGGUUCAAGGUUGGGAUGCGGCUUGAGGCGAUAGAUCCGCAACAUCCGUCGAUGUUUUGCGUGGUAUCUGUGGCGGAAGUGCAGGGCUACCGGAUGCGUCUCCACUUUGACGGAUAUCCGGAUUUACAUGAUUACUGGGUAAAUUCGGAUUCGAUAGACAUCUUUCCUCCGGGCUGGUGUGAGAAGAAUGGUCGCACAUUAAAACCACCAGCCAACUAUAAUGCCUCUAUAUUUUCUUGGCCGUUGUACUUAAAACAUAUGCGAGCGAUCGCUGCGCCCAGGCAUCUGUUCCCACAUAUCACUAAUACGAUCUUCAAACCAAACUGCUUCCGCAUCGGGAUGAAACUCGAGGCGGAGGACCGGAAGAACGAGCUGGUCUGCGUAGCCACCAUUACGGAUAUGAUGGACAACCGGAUGCUGAUCAACUUCGACAGCUGGGACGAGAUGUACGACUACUGGGUCGAUCCCACAUCACCGUAUAUCCAUCCUGUGGGCUGGGCGGAAGAAAACGGCAUAUCACUGACGCCGCCCAACUUUUACAAGGACCCCGACGAGUUCUCAUGGGAGAGCUACCUGUCGGACACGGGCGCGUCUGCGGCGCCCCCGAGAGCGUUCAAGACACGCCCGCCCCAGGGAUUCAAACCCGGCAUGAAGUUGGAAGUUGUUGAUUCCAGGGUGCCGUUCCUGAUCCGCGUGGCGAGCAUAAGCGAGGUGAAGGGCCACCAGGUGCGCGUAUCGUUCGACGGCUGGCCCGACGACCUCUCCGCCUGGAUGGACGACGACUCGCCCGACAUACACCCAGUCGGAUGGUGCCUCAAGACAGGACACCCGCUCGAGCCGCCACUCACGGCGGAGGAGCUGUCUGUGGAGGGCCCGUGCGGCGUGGGAGGGUGCCGAGGACUGGGCUCAGUACGUGGCGGAGCGCACAAACAGCACGCAGCCGCCACCGCGUGCCCGUACCGCGGCCGCCGCCCGCAUCCCGCGCCCGACCGCCUCGCGCCCCACCUGCAGCCCGCCGACCGCGCCCUGCCGCGCUCGCGCAGCCGCGCCCCGCCGCGCUCCCGCACCCCGCGCCCACGUCUAAAUCAAUAUAAUUAUAUAAAUUAACACGCCAGUACUCCAACUAGCGAUACCAAAGAGAAGUACGUAUUUAAUUAACCACCGAAGCACAAGCGAGUGGAUGAAGUUACUAAAAACGAUCCGGCGUCGGACGACGAGUCCGUAUCGAGCGGCGGCUGGAAGCGGUGGCGGGGGAGCGAGCCCCUCGCCCCCUCGCACGCGCUGCGCACCUACUCGCGGUCGUCCGCCGCGCCCGCCACCUCCGCGGGGGGCACGGGCGCCUCCGGGGCCCACGCGCCGCCCGCCGCGCCGCGUCAGCCCCCGCCGCCGCCCCGCUCGCCGCACUUCCCCCUCGCGCGGUACUUCGCCGACCUCGACCUGCCGGAGGACCCCACGCUUUGGACUGAGAGAGAGGUGGCGACGCUAGUAUCGCGCAUCGGCGGCGAGGCGGCCGGCGAGUUAGCGACGCGCGCUCGGAUCGCCGGCGCGGAGCUGGUGAUGGCGUCCUGCGAGGAGCUGGCCGGGGCGCUGCGGCUGCGGCUCGGGCCGGCGCUGCGGCUGCACGGAGCUGUGAGAGCACUACGCCGCUCGCUGCUCGCCGCCGCCUGCCAUUAACUUCGGCUCGGCUCGGUUCGCCUCGACUCGGCUAGGCUCGGCUCCGACUCGACUCGGCCAAGCUCGGCUCGCUUCGGACGGGGUCGGCACGCGCUUCGGCUCGGCUCGGCCCGCGCUCCUGCUCGAUUAGGGCCACUACUUGCAGGCGCUAACGCAUGCGAUCUACUCUCCGACUGAAAACUGUGACGUGACUGAAAUAAAUUCAUAAUUAUAUGUGAGAGCGUCCUCUCAAACCUAGUGACGUACAUGUGCAGUGUAAAUGGAACAUUAAAAAUAUAUUAAAUUGCUCAUCGCAACUCGAGUGUUGUCAGAAUUCUGUAGUAUUAUAAAUUUUCAUUUUUACCGGCCCUAUAGCUUAAAAUUUAUUACGUUAGUAGUUUUACUAACUUUAUAUUUUUGUAAAUACUUUAAUUAGUGUACAGUGUCAAUUUGUUAUAGACAAUAUUAUUUAUAAUUUGCAUGAAGCAAUAAUAUGAAAUUGGCACAAAAUAGAUGAACAUCAUGCUUUAAGUGAACAGGUUGUGAUUGUACGAGAUCUAUUUUGUGUUGUAUAUGAAAUAGAGGUGUCUACAAAUAUUAGUGCAGUAGUGUUUCACCCACUUCAGCCCAGCGGUGGGAUGAGUUUAGGAGUUACAAUUUGAAUGUUAUUGCAAUUAUAUCUUUUUUUAAUCAGAAUUAUAAAAUUGUAUAUUAAAUGCUGGGCUAAUAGUGACAAAAUCCAAAAAGAAAUACUGAUGAAGGUCAUAUCAAAAAUUUAAAAUAUUUAUAAAAUAUAUGAAAUCAUGAGGAUAAAAUUUUAUUGACAUUGUUUCAUCGAACUCCUUUUUUUUAUUGUUAGUAUAAAUCACACGUUUCUCGUAUUAUACAAAUUCAAUUAAUAUACUAUACAACUGAUAUACAGUGCAAAAAGUAUAUAUAUACACCACUGUAAUCGACACAGAACGAAUUGAAGUUGUCUCUAAAUCACUCAUGUCGCCUUUCUAUAUUAUAAAUUUUAGUCUAUACCUAUAUUACUCAAUCAUUAUUGAACGGCUGGACAUAUUCGAAUGAAAUUUACACACAUAGAUUGUUGUCUAUCACAUUUUUUAUUAGACACUAAAUCGUUUGGUAUACAAAAUUCUUAAUAGAACAUACAAUGUAAUUCAUCAUCAUCAUCAUCGCAGCCCGGAAGACGUCCACUGCUGGACAUAGGCCUUGUAUUGUGUACAUACAAUGUAAUUAUGAAGUAUAAAACUAUACGGCCAGUACGUCAGCAACAUAGAUCAUGUUUUGAAUUAUUUUUAACCAACAUUCACACGGACAUCGCCGCAAAAUACAACGAGUAUAAACAUAAGUGGAUGGGGUGGUUUUAUUUCCACCCCCAUGUAAAUAGGCCUCAGAUGCCAAUAAUUCCAAUGAGUCGUAUUAUUGUGUUUAUAUUUUAAGUUAACGUGUGCAAUUUAGUAUUUAUAACUUGUGCUAUUU